AUGUCCGAACAAGUUGAUAAAUUCACCAAUGAAGCUCAAAAGGUUGCUGACAAGGUUAAGGAACAUGUACCCACAACCUCGAAGAAAUUUGACUCCAAGUCUUUGCAACACUUGAACUCGUACUCGUUGGUUAAGGAGGUUGAGAAGUUUACCUUGUCCUUCAGCUUGAUCAAUUCGUUCUACACUAGAUUUUUUUUGCCCAUCUACCAGUUUAUCACCAUUAACUUGUUGUCGGUGUCGCCCAUUUACGAUGUUGCUACCUUUUUUGACCAGUUCACCAAUGGCUUGUUGAGCAUAUUUGACAAGUAUGCCAUUGACGCUCCCCUCGAGACUUUGGACACUGUCAACAAGAGCUAUGUUACCCCCGUCAACAAGAAGAUUAUCGAGGUGAACAACCAGUACUUGGUCCCAGUCAAGAUUGAAGCUGAAGACUCUGUCUUCCAAGUCUACUACACCGUCAAGAACAUUCUCUUGAAGCUCAAGGACAAUGCCUUUUCCAAAUCGAAUGAAAUUCAAAAAAACUUGGUUGAUACCUAUAACAAGGAGUUGUCGUCUGCAUCCCCAGACCAGACUGUUAUCGGUAAGAACUUGCUCGCAAGCUACAACACCGGCUACAAGGCCUUUCAAACCAUCAACGACGACUACCUCACCCCCUUGAAGAAGCAAACUGAGGAUUUUGUUGCCAAUGGCCAAAAAAAGGCUGAGUCGUUGCUCAACAAUACCAAACAAAAGAUUGAACCCAAAUUGAAUGAAUACAAUGAAAAAAAAGAUGAAUUGUUGAAUGGUCAAUCGGCCCCAGUGGUUUCAGCAAGCGCUUAA